AUGGUAAAAUUGAUUUUAAAAAUUUUGCAGGUAAGGGACAUUUAUGAUGGUGGGGAUUAUCUUGUUCUUGUCACAACUGACAGACAAAGUGCUUUUGAUAGAAUUCUUGCUUCUAUUCCUUUCAAAGGCCAGGUUCUUAAUGAGACAAGUUUGUGGUGGUUUGAUCGAACAAGACACAUAACUCCAAAUGCAGUCGUGUCAUCUCCUGAUAAAAAUGUUACAAUUGCAAAGAAGUGUUCAGUUUUCCCUGUUGAAUUUGUUGUUAGAGGUUUUGUGACUGGAAGUACUGAUACAUCACUGUGGACGGUCUACCACAAAGGCGUCCGGGAUUAUUGUGGCAAUGCUCUCCCAGAUGGCUUGGUAAAAAACCAAAAACUUCCUGCAAAUAUACUCACACCAACAACUAAGGCUGAAGAUCACGAUGCACCUGUAACUCCAGCAGAGAUAAUUCGACUUGGACUGAUGACUGAAGCUGAGUUUGAUGAAGCAAGUAGGAAAGCAUUAAGCUUAUUUGAGUACGGACAGCGUGUCGCUUUAGAGCAUGGCCUGAUAUUAGUAGACACAAAAUAUGAAUUUGGAAAGGGCUGUGAUGGUUCAAUUCUUUUGAUUGAUGAGGUGCAUACACCUGACUCAAGCAGGUACUGGAUUGCUCAUUCUUAUGAAGAGCGUUUUCAGAAUGGUCUUGAACCUGAAAACGUUGAUAAGGAGUUUCUGAGAUUGUGGUUCAGAGAUCACUGCAAUCCAUAUGAAGAUGAGGUCCUCCCUGAUGCUCCUCAAGAACUUAUUUGCGAAUUAGCUUGGCGAUACAUAUUUUUGUACGAGGCCAUAACAAAAUCAAGAUUUGAGUUGCCAUUGACUGAGGAGCCUAUACAUGAUCGUAUCACGAGGAAUGUUUCAUUGGCAUUAUCAGCUCUGUGGUAACUUGAAACCUGUUGCUUUGAAGAUGAAAAUUAUAGUGAGAAAUUAAUACACAAUUAUAUGAUAAGGCAUUAGGUUUCUUGAUGUACUUCGGUCAGUGAUCUUGGGAUUUUGUAUUCAAGAUAAGGUUUAAUAUCAAGAGGUUCUGAUUGAUAUAAAUGAGGUGGCGGGAUAGGCCAAAUUAUUUUGGAGCCAACUCAGUAAAUGUGUGUUGUGCUACACAAGUCUGAUUUGGUCUGCUCGUUUAUUUUGUAUUGUUAGUUAUGUUGACUCUUGUAGUCUGGAAAUAAUAGUUAUCAAGAAAUUUAAUUUACCUA